AUGACAAUGCCCAAGGAUGACCCGGACAUGGGCUGGACCAGAUUUGAUGAGGAAUCAGUCAUGCAUGAGCGCCGUCAGAGUCAUGCUCGAACACAGAAGGCGAAGGCGUUGGUGAGCAAGCAGGAGGCAGUGUUGCAAGGCAUUCUGAAGAAAAUGAAUGAGGAGGAAGACAACGGCGCAAUCUCGCCCAGUGCUUCGGAUGCCCUUUCCAAGGCUGGAAGCUCACAGCGUUUCAGAAGUUGGUCUGCCUUCAGCCGGCAAUCGCUGUCAGCCUCCACAGCCUCUCUGCAGGCCUCCACACUUCACCAGCAAGCAUUGAUCGUGGCAAACCAGAUUCUGACCCGGCAGGAGAAGACACUUGCCUUCCAUUUCCAGAGAAAAGAAAAUAUUACCGAGGCCAAGCAGCGACAUGAACAUCUUCGAGUGGAAAAAGAGGCCGCGGAAGCUCGGUUUGCCGAGAGGCGGCAAGCUUUGGCUGAGGAACGCCGAAGACGCGCCUUCGCAGCGCAACAGCGUCGCAACGAGCAAAAAGCGUUCAGGGAGACAUUGCGUGAGCAGGAUCGUUUGUGCGACGAAUACUACAAACAGCAGUUAAGCGGUCGCAGCAACUCACUUUCGCCGUCGAAGUCCUUGAGGCCAGAAGACGAUAGCGAGUGCGAGAAGGACAUCCACAGGCACAUGCUGAAAUCCCACAGUCUCUACACAGAAACUGUGGAAAGAUGGCGACACCAGGUUGCCGAGAAUGACUGCAGGGCAGAGGCCUUCAGAAAGCGAGUGCUGAAGGCGACUCAUGGCUCAAGGCAGAAAGAAGAGCGUGCAAGCCUUCCCAGAAGCGAAGGCAGGCGCUCCAUAAGCCGCGUGAAGAAAGGAGGCCCCGGCAUGGGCUCCCAAGAGAAGGUGCAGACAGACAGCAGACGGGGCAGCGCCUUGUCAGCCACCAGCCCCACCUCCAGCCUUGUCCGAAGUGGCCAGCUCAAGCUGAAGGAUGGGCUGAGCCGCAGCAUGCCGUGCUUGCGUCGUGCUGCUAGCGAGAUGUGGAGCCAAAGGUGGCAAGCUAGCCAAGUCCAUGGUCAGGAGAAGGAGAUGGACGCCAUCAGAAAGCAGCAGCAAGACGAGGAAAAGCUUGAGGGUGGGCGUCAACGUAUAGCUGCCAUCAACCAAGACAUCAUGACAAGGGCAGCUGAAAGGAGCCAGAAGUGGCAAGAGCGAAAUGACGCUGCCGCUUCCAGGCGACAGCUCGCUGAUGUCGCGUCUGAAGCAGAGAUGGCUGCAAAGCUGGAAGCGGGAGCGCAACGCAAGGCAGACCUGGAUAGACGCCGGGCAGAUGAACUUGCAGAGGCAGCUGCAGCAAGAGCGCUGCAGACCGAGAAAGCGCAGGCCACUGCAGCGAUGUUGCUGGAGAAGGCAGAGAAGGCUGUGGCAGACAGGGCGAGGCAGAGAGACGAACUGGUAGCCGAGCGCCAUGCUAUGCGACUACAGGACUUUGCUUCUCGAGCGGACCCAGACGUUCCACAGGACCAGGCGGAAGCUGCAAAGAGCAGGAAAAGACAGCUGGAGGAGGAGUUCCGCUUGAAGGCCAAAAAGGAGAUGGAGAUGAAAGCACGGCGACGGGCAGAUCAUGGCCCAGUUCUCGAGCGCCAGCGCACACUGAAGACGCGGACUUCACUCCGUAGAGAAGGCUCCAGCCUACCUCCAGAUCUACCAUUUGCAGCCAAGUUGACAGACUCCGACCUUAUGUUGGCUGAAGCUCUGGAGGCGCAGCAGGCAGAAAAGAAAAACCCUGCUGCAGCAAGCCAGUUGCAGAAUGCAGGAAGACAUGCGGCUCGUGUAUCGAUUGCUGGGAGCCUUGUUUCAAUGGACGACGAAGACGUGGAACGGGAAAUGCUCCAGGCCCUGGAGGAGAGAAGCUCUCAUUGGAUGAAGGAGAUGAGGAACGUAGACCUCGCGUCGCUGAAGAUACCGCCUCGGCCUUCAUCGCGUCCGAAAUUUUGCCCCAGCAGUCAGUUGCCCAUCAGGCAAGAAAGCAAAGUCCCUGUGCAGCCGCCAAACUUCCAGUCUUGCGGCUUAUCUGCGCAGGUUGAUGAGCUGCUGGAGCUGAUCACGCCCUCCGAAGCAUCAGAGCGGGUUGCCAACGAGCUUGCAGAAUACACUCAGUCGAUCAUCCAAGAGAUGCUUUCUGGAGCUUCAGUCUCCGGCUACGCGAACGCCGAUGUGCUGCGCGGCACUGCCUUUGGAGUUGCCGUUCCAGAAAUCGACUUAGUGGUGACUGCGGACCCCGACUCUUUGGAAAGACAGCUGCAAGGCCGGCUUGCAAAGGGUGGCAUCCCCAAAACACGCAUGGACUCUCGAAAGAUGCAAAAGUCAGCCAUUCGCGCCUGCACAGAUUUGCUCGUGGCGGCUGGAGGCUUUAAGUUCCGCAGAUCCGCCUUUCGCUGUGAAGAGCCCAAGGUGACGUUGAUGGGGCCAUCUACGAUGAGUGUUUCCGGCCAGGGCAUUCCUGUCGACUUUUCUGUCAACUGCGCAACUCCAGGCUGCCACGCAGCACUGAUCGCAGCAUGCGGAGAGAUUGAUGAAAGAUCCCGUGGCCUUAUUUUGCUCGUGCGGCGCUGGUCCAAAGACCGUGGCGUGUGCCACGUUGCGCGAGGACAUUUACCUCCAUACGGCUGGACACUGCUGGCAAUUUUCUAUCUGCAGGCCCAAGAAAAGCUGUUGCCGCCGAUGUCCGGGCUGAAGUCUGGUGCUCGUUAUGAAGUUCAGAAGAGGCAAGUGCCAGGCCGGCUCAACGACUGCACUGUUGGCAGCUUCUUCGCGGGCUUUGUAGGCUUUUACCAGCAGAUUGACUUGCAACAGGAGGUUGUGUCGCUCCGACGUGGUGUGAGACAGGAAAGCCAGAUAGCUGAGCCUGCUGACGAUGCCUUCAGUUCCAACGUGCAUAUUGAGGACCCUUUCGAUCCUGACAGAAACCUUGGAAGCGCUUUGAGCGCGGAGGGAAUCCAACGAUUGCGAGAAGAACUCGCGCGAGCAGAUCAGAUUCUUUCCGCAGGGGAAAAGGCUCCUUUGGCAGAAGUCCUUGAGCCCUGGGCGCCGCCAGAGAAGCACUCGCUGAUCUCUGCGCCUGAGGACGGCGACCGAGAAUUUGUGGUGCGGGAUUGCAGCUGA